AUGGAAGGUGUGAUGCAGAGCCUGGGCAUCUUCGCCCUGUACGCCCUGGCCGCGCACGUGCUGCUUUGGGACGUGGGCGGGGCGAAGGUGUUCUUCCCGGACACGGCGCUCGGGGCCCCCCUGGAGGUGCUGACGUUGGAGGUGUUGCCGAUGAUGCCGUCCCUGCACAUCCAGCUGCUGGCUUUUGUGGUCGGAGACUACGAUCUCACAGGUGCCCUGUUCCAGGCACGGGACAAGAUCGGGCUGUUGGUCUACUGUGUGGGCGUGCUGCUGGUGGUCCCCAGCGCGGUCGUGAUCCUCCGUGACUGGCAUCGCGCCGGCAAGCUGAGCCGCUUUGCCCUCAAGACGUUGGCCUGCGUGAUCGCCACAGUGUUGCUCACGCUGCUGUUCUCGACCCAGGACUACGGCAUCCACCUCCACCACUACUUCGUCGGCCUCCUGGGCUACCUGGCCGCCCGGGGCCCCUCCCGCACCGCCGCCGUGGUGCGGGCCCUGAGCCUCGGGGCGUUCAUCAACGGCAUGGCGCGGUGGGGCGAGCCGGCGGGCAUCCCCAUCUGGAGCGUCGGCGCUGGGCGGUACCCAACCGCCGGGACCGUGGACACCAGCUCAUUGGGCGCCGCCGUCCUUUGGACUGACGUCGGCGCGGUCGCCGAAGAGCGGGCCGUGCGGCUGUCGUGGGCGCCCGCCGACGAGGUGGACGGCAGCAGCUGCUCGGCCGCGGGCGAGGAAGGCCCGCAGGUCGUCGUCGAGAUGAACCACGUGGAGGUCUACCGCGGCCACGACCGGUCCCAGGUCUUCCCGCUGCCACAGGCCCCGGCGUCGGGCGAGGAGCCCUACUACUACUUCAGGGUCGGGGUGGUGAGCACGGGCAUCGCCAGCGGUGUCUCGUCUGCCUCCCGCGUGCUCGCGGUCCGGGCCGGAGACGAGCCGGUGGGCCCGUACUACAACGAGACCGCCACGGCGUGCGAGCGGCUCUGGCUGCUGCAGCACCAGCCGCCGUCCUCGCUGCGGGGGUACCUCUGA